UGUACUUGAUCCAUCUUUAUACCUGACUUUAAAAUGUCUUUGUCCGUUGACUAGGUAUAUUUUGUAUUUCAAAUUGAGAGGAAGGGUGAGUAAAGGAAGAUGGGCUAAUCUAUAUGUUUAUCAUACUGUUUAUGAAUUUGUUUAACAAUAGCAAAAAUGUCCACUGUACACCAUUCUGAAAAGGAUUAUUGGGAAGUAUUUUGUCCAGGCAUUUUAAGUAUGAUUCUAACAUCUGCAAUCCUCAAGUUAUCGUAAAUCCUUCUUAAAACACAUUAAUACCCGUGCAAAAUAAUUGAACGUGUACUUGCCACGUUCAUUUGAAAAUAAGAAUUGAAAUCAAAAUAUUCUGUUUAAGUCAAUGCGCUAUGUCUUAGAGGAAAUUUAUGUUCGUAUAGUUUUAGGAAUUUAAAAUCACAUUUUUGAUAUAUUCAUUAAACAACGACGUCUGACUGAAUAUCUUUUAGAAGGGACUUGUCACUGGUCUAUUACUUCAUAGGAGCUCAUUAUUUUAUUCAUACGAAUACAAUUUAAAUCAAAGGGGACUGUUUGGAAUAUUCGAAUUACAUACAGGUCAGCUGGAUGUGACAACACAAGUCUUAACUUGAGAAGAUCAUAUGAUCAUCCACAUGUUGCACGUAACACUAUUCAAGUAUAGUUGAAAAAGAAAGUUAUAAGGUUACCUAAAAUGGAAUCGGAAAAUAGAGGAAAAAGGGAUUAUCUACUUUUCGUUGUUGAUGUCCUAAUAAGUUGUGCUAUUUUGACACCGUUAAGUGUCGCUUUCUGGAGGGGCACAUGGAUGUUAAUUAAUUUUUAUAUUUUACCAAAUGACGCUGAAAUUAGAGGAUGGUUGAAUAUCGGGAUCGCUCUGGUCCUGAUAACGGCCGCGUAUUUCCUAGAUGGAACAUUCAAACACCACAUUAAAAAGCUACAAAUAAACAAUAACUUUUGUAACAAAAUUAUCGUAGUUUUGUUUACUCGUGUUUACACAUAUGUGUUUGCUGUCAGCAACGUAAGUCACUGGACGGGGGUAUGGGAACUUUGCACCAUUUAUCUUGGAAAAACCUGGUUGGGAACGAUUAUACCCGCAUGCAGUGCCGCUGUUCUGCUGAUGCUUUUGCGAGGGUACUGUAAUGUGGUGCAUUUCGUACCGUUGGGAAUUGCCAGAGAUGGAACUUCGUCGCAUUUUAAAUGCACGACGAGAUUCAAAACAAAGUAUGAAUCCAACUGGUGGCGCCAUAUAUUAGACGUUCUGCUAACUACAGUUGUAAUUCACAGCCUCGUUGUCGUUUAUUGGCGGGGAAUGUGGAUGUUUCUAGAUAUUUUCCUCUUCCCCCGGGAUGUGUUUCUAUCCGCAAUGACUUCUUUCGCUCUUGGUUACCUGGUUACCAUAGCGAUGAUCCCCGCGCAGUUUCCCGCGGCGCGCGCCUGGGAUACGUUGAGGAACAAACCUUUGAUGAUCAGAUUGCUGUUCGAAGAUUCCUAUUCAAUUGUCGCAUCCUUAGGGCCAAUUCUGCUGUGGAGGGGGUAUUGGAUGUUGUAUGACGAGUACAUAUUUCCCAACAAUGCACAGUUAAGUUACUGGAUAACACACGCCAUUGGUUUUUGCGUCAUGGUUGCCAUGAUAACUGGAAAUACUCUGUUAGGAAGAGGUUGUAUGGUGGAUGGAGGAUCACAAAAUACAACAACAUUUACUCUGCAAUAUCUUGAGGAUCUUCUACGAGAAAAAACAGGUUAUAAGGACAAUUUCUCCAUCGCUUCAACCGACACGAUCAGAGACGAGAACGACCUAACAGUGGCCCAUAUAACAACGAAUUAUCAGCCUCAGACGCCGAAACUGGAAAUCAUACCGAGUGUGUCACACACAUUAUGCCAAAACAACCCGCCUCGGAUAGCGCCUGAGGAGGGAACUAUGUUGAAAGGGUGCUGGGAUGAACCCGAUAUCCUAGUCCCUGUUCCCGAUGGUCAAGGAGGACUAUACACAGUUGAAUACAGGGAGAGGAGGCAGUUCCAACUCCCAAGCGUCAAACGCUCUAACACGUUACCCCCUUUGAGAUAUAACCAACGGUAUGCUAGGUCUACGAUCGGGCGUUCGAAUCAAGAUCGGUUCGAUUCACAAAGGUCCAGUACCUUACCGACGAUGAAUCAAGGAUCUUUAAACAGGAACAUUCCGAAAUCAGCGAUGAAAUCGGGUAUACAAAAGUCAAAUACAAUGCCUCCUUUAAGAUUUAACACAAUUAUACAAUAUGACACACCUAACAAUUAUGACUCCGUUCCUGACAACGCAUCGAGCCAUUUGGCCACUACCCCAAUAAACAGAUCCUUUAAGUCACCAACAUAUUCAGGAGCUCAAAGGUCAAGCACUCUUCCAGCAAUGACGUCCAGUAACAUAAACACCACUCCAAUUAUGUUCAACACAACACCGAUUCGAUAUGAUCCAACGCCAAUACGAAAAGACCUCGUUCCCGCAAACAGUAAUGCCAUUCCUGAAACAAAGACAUUAAGAAAAAAUGCAGCUUCCAUGGGACGCACUAAUCUUUACGACAGUUUUGAGACUCAAAAAUCUAAGUCUACUAUGAAUCCGUUACGGUCCACCGGUAAAGCACAGCAAAGUGUUAGCCCUUCGUGGACACCAGUGAGAAGAUCAAAUACGUUACCUAGCAACAGCACACCUUACCUUACAAGAUGGUCAAUUGUCAAUAUAAACCGAAACGAACCGACAUUCAGAGGUGAAUUUCAUGACGAUCACGGCUUUCAUUCAAGUUCAAAAUUUACAAAUCCUGAAAGAUACGGAUUUUUAAAUGAAAAGUCUGGAUACACCCCUGUUGGUUUAAAUAAUCCUGGAUUCGUGACCACUGGUCCAUGGUCGGAUGAUUCUAAACUAAAAACGAGGUUUCGGGAAAACUUGGGAGAAAGUGGAAGAAGUGGCAGAGAAAAACCAGGAAGGAGGAAGGGAAAAAUAAGGUCGUGGAGGUCGUUCAGUGUCUAUGUGUAAUUUCAGAUAGUAUGAAUCGACAUAUCCGCAGUUGUUGGGGUAUGACGUAGACUGCGCAAUAAACUGUCUGACCAUGGAUUGUUCAACUCAUUCAAAAACAUUUGAAAUAGGUUCAAAUCCUGUCACAAAAAAAUGAACGACAUGAUACUGUUUUCAAUGUUAAAAACUGCUAUCUUGGUGAUAUUAUUUGAUCUGUUGUAAUCGUGUUACAAUAGAAGAGUUUCUAAAUAGCUUUGAAAUC